AUGGGAGAAAUAAGUAAAGAAUCAGUUGAGAAAUAUCUGGAAAAUAAUCCUCAGUUUGCCAAGGAAUAUUUUGAUAGAAAAUUACGAUUAGAGGCAAUUGGGGGAGUUCUGAAUGACAACAAGGGAAUUGAAAUAAAAGAUGGAAUAUCUUACAAAGACAUCUGCAAGCUGGAGGAGUGUGAUAUACUGUUUGAGCUGGUGAGAGAGAUACAGGAUGAUAAAGACAUGGAAAGAGUGAUUCAUAAGGUGCUGCAGAGAGUGGCCCUUCUAGUCAAUGCAGACAAGUGUAGCAUGUUUCUAUGUAGAGCAAGGAAUGGUACCCCUGAGGUGGCAACAAGGCUAUUUAAUGUGACAAAAACUUCAAAAUUUGAGGACAAUCUUGUGCAGCCUGACAGUGAGAUUGUGUUCCCUCUUGAUAUGGGCAUAGUAGGCUGGGUUGCUCAUACCAAGAAGACAUUUAAUGUACCUGAUGUGAAAAAGAAUACUCAUUUUAGUGACUUUGUGGAUAAACAGACUGGCUACACAACCCUUAAUAUGUUGGCCUCUCCAAUCAUGCAAGGCAAAGAGGUAAUUGCUGUUCUUAUGGCAAUCAACAAAAUAGAUGAACCACAUUUUAACAAAGAGGAUGAAGAGGUAUUUACCAAAUAUCUCAAAUUUGCUGCUGUGGUUUUAAAACAUCAUCAUAUAUCAUACCUUUACAAUUAUGAAUCAAGAAGAAGUCAGAUGCUGUUACUGUCUGCAAACAAAGUGUUUGAAGAGCUUACCGACAUUGAACGGCAGUUUCACAAAGCACUAUAUACCAUACGUACUUACCUGAACUGUGAAAGAUACUCAGUUGGAUUACUGGACAUGACAAAAGAAAAGGAGUUUUUUGAAGAAUGGCCAAUCAGAAUGGGAGAAGUUGCACCCUACAAAGGUCCAAAGACGCCAGAUGGAAGAGAAGUCAACUUUUAUAAAAUUAUUGAUUACAUUUUACAUGGAAAAGAAGAGAUUAAAGUUAUCCCGACCCCUCCAGCAGAUCAUUGGUGCCUUGCAAGUGGAUUGCCAAGCUAUGUUGCCGAGAAUGGAUUUAUCUGUAACAUGAUGAAUGCACCAGCAGACGAAUAUUUCACAUUUCAAAAAGGACCUGUAGAUGAAACAGGCUGGGUUGUGAAGAAUGUGCUAUCACUGCCAGUUGUAAACAGAAAAGAAGAAAUUGUGGGAGUGGCAACCUUUUAUAACCGAAAAGAUGGAAAGCCCUUUGAUGAGUAUGAUGAACAGAUUACUGAAGCGUUAACACAGUUCUUAGGAUGGUCUGUUUUAAACACAGACACUUAUGACAAGAUGAAUAAACUUGAAAAUAGAAAAGACAUCGCUCAAGACAUGCUUAUGUAUCAAGCAAAAUGUACCAACAGUGAGCUUCAAAGUAUUUUGAAAACCAAAGAAAAGUGUAACAAGGAAGUUGAAGACCUGAGUGAAAAAGAGCUUAUUAGAGUCCUGAAAGAAGAGCUUCCUGAACCACAUCCUGUUGAACUUUAUGAGUUCCGCUUCAGUGACUUCCCCCUCAGUGAACAUGAGCUGAUUAAAUGUGGAAUACAAAUGUUCUUUGAACUGAAUGUAGUAGAAAAAUUCAAAGUACCAGCAGAAGUCCUUGUUAGAUGGAUGUACACCGUGAGAAAGGGCUAUCGUGACAUAACUUACCAUAACUGGAGACAUGGUUUUAAUGUAGGGCAAACAAUGUUUGCACUGCUGAUGACAGGUAAACUAAAGAAAUACUAUAGUGACCUUGAAGCAUUUGCAAUGGUGGCAGCUGCAUUUUGUCAUGAUAUCGAUCAUAGAGGAACCAAUAAUUUGUACCAGAUGAAGUCACAACACCCAUUAGCAAAACUCCAUGGCUCCUCUAUCUUGGAAAGACAUCACCUUGAAUACAGCAAAACACUGCUUCAGGAUGAGAGCUUAAACAUUUUCCAGAACCUAAAUAAACGUCAGUUUGAGAACGUCAUGCACUUAUUUGAAGUGGCCAUUAUUGCGACAGACUUGGCCUUAUAUUUCAAGAAAAGGACUAUGUUUCAGAAGAUUGUUGAUGCAGCUGAACAAAUGCAGUCUGAAGAAGACAUUAUCAAAUAUGUCACAUCUGAUCCGACCAAAAAGGAAAUAAUUAUGGCUAUGAUGAUGACUGGCUGUGAUUUAUCAGCUAUUACCAAGCCAUGGGAAGUUCAGAGUAAGGUUGCCCUGAUGGUUGCAAGUGAAUUCUGGGAGCAAGGUGAUUUGGAACGGACAGUGCUACAGCAACAGCCAAUUCCUAUGAUGGACAGAAACAAAGCUGAUGAGCUGCCCAAACUUCAAGUUGGCUUUAUUGAUUUUGUGUGCACCUUUGUUUACAAGGAGUUCACAAGAUUCCACAAAGAAAUCAACCCGAUGUAUGAAGGGCUACAAAAUAACAGAGUGGAAUGGAAGACACUGGCUGAUGAAUAUGAGGAAAAAAUGAAAGCCAUUGAGGAAGAAAAGAAAAAGCAACAAGAAGUACAAGAAACCAAAAAAGGUUUGCCAAAUUUGAAACACCGUACAAGAAAAUUUGCUCAUUAUUAG